AUGCGAAUUUAUGGAGAAAAUAUGCAGGAUGUUAAAGUGGUGGAGAAAAUUCUACGCUCUUUAACUGAGAAGUUCAACUAUGUUGUAUGUUCUAUUGAGCAGUCAAAGGACAUUGAUGCUCUUACUGUUGAUGAGUUACAAAGCUCAUUAAUAGUGCAUGAACAGAAGUUUCAGAGACGUAAGGGUGAGGAACAGUAUGAAUGUCCUUCUGCGAACAAAGAAGCAAAUUAUGCAGAGCUUGAUGAGGAAGAAGAAAUGCUUUUGAUGUCUUAUGUGGAGUUGUAUAAGGCCAGAAGAGAAGAUGCAUGGUUUCUUGAUUCAGGGUGUUCUAAUCACAUGUGCGGUGACCGAACUAUGUUUAAUGAACUCGAUGAAAAUUUUCGACAUUCGGUAAAAUUGGGGAACAACACUAAGAUGGAUGUGAUAGGAAAGGGAAGUAUGAAGCUGCUGCUAAAUGAAGUCAAUCAUGUUGUUGCUAAGGUGUACUAUAUUCCAGAGUUGAGAAAUAAUCUCUUGAGCAAGGGCAGUUGCAAGAAAGAGGCUUGGCUAUUUUGA